UGUUUACGUGCUGAUCUUUGGCACACAUUUUGCCGAACACUGCAGUGUUGGUAACAGUCAACGUGAGAGGUUGUGCAUUUUUUUUUUCUUCUUUUGCAAAAGAUCCAGCUGCACUUAAGAUAAGGAAUAUAUAAGUGACGUGGUAAACAAGAAGGAGCAUGAAGCGAUUGUAUGGUUGGUAAUUUCCUGAGAACCGACGAAAACUACUUCUAGACCAUGACCCCACCGAAGCGUCCUCGCUGGAGCAAACACAUCAACGACCUUCCCCAGGAGCUGCUAGAACGAAUUUUAGACAACCUCCCGUUGAGCGAUCGAAAAGCGGCCUCCCUAGUGUGCCGUCGUUGGUCACUGGAAGCUUUCUCGCCCCAUUGUCUCAGCGAGCUGGUGAAAUUGAUGCUAAUUUCCCGCCGCGUAGACGCAGAAGAGUAUGAAGUGAUAUUGUUGGAGAGUUGCCGACGCUAUCGGAACAUACUUGUAGUCGCGCAAGGAUUUCCGGAAUGUACCACGAACGAUUUGCGUUUUCUGCUGACAAUCCUGAGCAAGUUCGGAACGAACGUGGCUUGUUUCGAUACCGAGCACAUUCUGUACACUCCCGAGCAGCUUCAGAAGAUAUUACUGAAAAUGCCCAAUUUGAAGCGACUUUCGGCAAACAUCAUCACUGAUUCGAGUCACGUAGCAGAAGAUGAUCCGGAAGAGUUUCCCGUGCUUCGCGAGCUAACAGAAUGGCAUUCGCUCGGUUUGGGAUGUAUUUUCGACUUCGAACAGUUGGACUUACUACGGGUGGCACCAAAACUCAACCGAUUGAGUGUCAAUGCGUCGAAUUGCUUGGAUACUCAAAGAGCACGGCAAACUAUGAAAGCUCUCGGUCCACAGCUGAAAUACCUCAAACUACAAGCCAAUUUAAGCUCUGUUCUGUCCGAAAAGGUAGACUUUCGACGGUUGGAAACGUUGAUUUUGGACGGUAGAGUUGGGGACAAUCACGAGGAGCUUCUGCCGAGGCUGUUGGUAGGAAUGCCACAGCUGAAAACCCUUCACUACGACAGCAAUAUAAAGAUUCCGGUUUUGCGAAUAAUCUGCCAACUAUGUCCGGAUUUGCGUACUUUUGCGAUGGUGACAUUCGAUUUGCAGGUUGACUUCUUUCAGUGCUUGGAAAGCUUGAACCAUCUUAAGGUCCUCGAAGUGUGCGGUUUUCUGAAUUCCGGUUCGCUCGAACGAUGCGGUCCAUUAGUCGGCGUGAAAUCUUUGAUCUUUCAUUUUUACAAGUCAAUCCCGGACACUAAGGUUUUCCUAGCUUCACUUAAGCGGGUCUUUCCCGUCCUGGAAUCAUUAACAGUGAAAGGGACAUACUGUUUCCCGAUUGAGAACAUCUUGGUGCAACAUAUCUGCGAGACGGUUUGCCACCUGCGAGAGCUCUCCAUUGACACUGGUGGAGGCGCUGUCAGCCCAAAUGUCGACGACAACACAACCAAAGUGAACUCUGGACCUUUGAAAGAUCGACUCCGGCUGCAAGAGUUGACACUGAAAAGACUUCCUCUGGCGGUAGAUUUAUUACCGCGGUGCAGUUUGAAGCGGCUAAAACUACACUAUGUUGCCAACUUGUCGGUCGAGAUUGUUCGGCAGAUCGGUAAGGUAUUCCCACAGCUGUGCUUUUUGGAACUUAUCGAGUGUGGCCGAGUAGAACGCAAGAACAUUCCAGCUAUUCGUCGAAUGCUACCGAAUUGUGUGCUACAUAUCCGUUAGCUCAUACUG